AUAAGGAAUUUGAUGAGCCAGUUGGGAACCAAGCAGGAUUCCAGCAAGCUUCAGGAGAACUUACAACAGCUACAGCAUUCUGCAAACCGCCUUGCCAAAGAGACCAAUGAAUACCUUAAGGAGUUGGGGUCUCUACCACUUCCUCUGUCUGCUUCUGAACAGCGCCAACAGAGACUUCAGAAAGAACGUUUAAUGAAUGACUUCUCCGCGGCAUUAAAUAACUUCCAAGCAGUCCAGAGGCGAGUGUCAGAGAAGGAAAAAGAGACUGUAGCAAGGGCAAGAGCUGGCUCCCGCAUCUCUGCAGAUGCGCGGUUCAGAGAAGAACAGCUUGUUUCAUUUGAUAGUGGUGAAGAUUGGAAUCAAAUGCAGUCUCAGGAAGAAGAUGUGGCAAUAACUGAACAGGACCUUGAACUCAUUAAAGAAAGAGAAACAGCAAUCAGGCAAUUAGAGGCAGACAUUUUGGAUGUCAAUCAGAUAUUUAAGGAUUUAGCCAUGAUGAUUCAUGACCAAGGAGAUAUGAUUGAUAGCAUAGAGGCAAAUGUGGAAAGCGCAGAAGUCCAUGUGGAAAGAGCCAGUGAGCAGUUACAGAGAGCUGCCUAUUAUCAGAAGAAAUCCCGUAAGAAGAUUUGCAUCCUGAUUCUUGGUCUUGCUGUGGCUUCUAUAAUCAUAGGAUUCAUUAUCUGGUGGAUAACAGGAUGAAAUCUUCCCAUGGAACCUAAUCUCAUUGCUGAGACUUUUUUUCCCCCCUCAGAGCGAACAGGCUGACAAGUCUCAAAAAUGAAUUGACCACUCUGAGAGAGCACAAGCUGGAACUACUUCUAGUAAUAGAUAUUAGCAACUAAUGUGCAGAUAACUAGUAUUUGGAAUUAGUGAACCAUGGAGACGGUAUUUAUCAGUUUAUAUACAAAUUAUAUUGUUUUAUGUAACUAAAAUCUUGUGGUUUUGCUUUCUGUAAUGUAUUAUUCCCUGUCCCAACUGUAUGCUGAAGUGUGAUCAAUAAUUGGAGAUGUCUUGUUUCUGACAAGUGGCACAACGUUAAUAUUUUAUAUGUAUAGGUAACUUUGUUGGACUGGAAUAAGAAUGACAUUCAAAGAUGGCACAACACUGAUUCACAUUACCUUAAUCCAGCAGUUUCUAAAGUCUCCAGGAUCUGCCCCAUGAUUUUAUUAGUCUCCAAGUGGCUGUGAUUCUAGAUUCCCUUGAAGAAAUGUUGUUACAGAUUGGAAAGGCAAGGAGAAGUAUCCGUGGGUGAUAGCUGGAACCACUGGGUGCUGGUCAGUUCAGCCUCGAGACUCGUAACUGUGGUGGUUAAUUUUUUGAGCAUGGUUGGGG